AUGCCUCUUCCCUCUUGGCUCGUGUGGUACAAGAAGCCCGAUUAUCGGGAUAUCAAGGAGUACUCGACCGCUGUCGGCACGGGCAGGCGACCUCUUAGCCCCGAUGGCCGUGGCAAGACGGCCAUCCCUAGCCGACUGAGCCUGGAAAAGGUGCUAGAGAACACCACUUGCAGCCCAAUGUCCCUUUACGACUUUUACAUGUACUUGAAGCAUAUCGAAUACUCUCCCGAGAACCUUGAGUUCUAUAUCUGGUUCAAGAACUACGAAAAGAAAUGCCAGAAGGCGAAGAAGUCGAUGAGCAUCAAGGAAAAGGAUGCUCAGGCUCUCUUGUCGACCCGCGUCACGGAAAUUGAGCUGACCCAUGAGGGUUCCGAGCCCGUCUUUGACCCCGAACUUGCCCAAGAAACCCUCGGCCAGAUUGAGCUCCUGAUUGGUAGUGCUGCCAUGUGCACAACCAGCGGGUGCAAACCUACCUUUGGCGAACGUGUCAAGGCCUUCGCCGCCAAUGUCACUGGACAAAAUGGCGCCGAUUCCAGCAGCUCGAGCGCCACCGAAGCUGACCCGGAUUACCGGGGCGAAGAGCAGGCGUUGAACAAGCUCCAGCUCUCCACCGACCCAGAGCACCUCCGCCCCAUUGCCGAUCACGUCUACCUCCUCCUGAGGAACUGCUCUCAUCGCAACUUCAUCCGCCUCGGAGUCUCGAACGGAACCUACGAGACGGUGUGCGUCGCCACUGGCCUAGGCAUCGUCCUCACCAUUGCCGGCUUCUUGUACAUGCUCACCCGCUCUCUCGCGCCUCACAUCGGGACCCACAGCCAGUGGGACGCCUUUGGCGCGUGGCCCAUGUGGUGGCUUGGUAUAACCCUGAUCCUGUCGGGUCUCCGUGGAAGUUGCUUCUUCCUCCUACUCUUUACCCGCCGCCAGCCCCUGCCUUGGGAACGCUUCGACGACUCCGCUUCCAUGGUUUCGCAAAAGUCCGCCAUCGUGAAGACGCUCUCCCGCUUGAUGAUCUUUGACCGCAAGUUCCGAGUCAAGGACGCGAGUCUAAGGCAGCUACAGCACAAGAUUGUUAUCCAGAGCAUGAUUGGUGGUGCAGUAUUCGCCACGAUAUUCACCCUCGUUUUCCUGUUCCUGCCCAUCUGGAAGCAAACGAUAUGA